AUGGAAGUUGCCCGCCCUACAAUUAAACCAGUCGCACAAGGCAAUCGUCCACGAUUCCAGGCAACAACACCAAGACCCCAAAUAAACCGGAGCAAUACAACUCGUCCAAUUAGCAGGUCUCCUCCUCCAUUUGAGGCUCCAGCAGCAAUAGGAUCAUUUAAACAAUCAGCUGAAGUCUUUGCUCAACAGUUAUCUCUUUCUCCUUCUUCAAACACAGCGUUACUUUCAAGAGGAAUUGGAUUAUUGUCAAUUACACAAUUACGUGACCUUCUACGUGACUACUCGUUACCAACUGGAGGAAACAAGCAAGUCCUUGUUAACAGAUUAAUUAUUUUCCUUGAAACAAUUGGUCAAAGUCAACAAAAUAUCCUUACAGCUUUUUCUGCUAAGCUUAAACAGCUACUUUCUAUCAAUACAGAUGAAGCUAAUUCUUCACCUCAUAGUGAUGCUGAUUCUCCGUUAUCAAAUCCAACAGUUACUCAAAAUAUCCCGUUGGAACAAGUUCAACAGCUUUUUGCUGGAUCUCCAUCUCCAUUAUAUGAACCAACAGAUCUUCCAAUGGCUUUUGGCCCUGUUUCUAUGCAGCCGAAUACAAAUCAAGUUUAUAAUAUAAAUUUAACUCAGCAAGAUAAGAAUGCAAUACCAUUACUUCAACUUGCAUCGAGUUUUAACCAAGUUGUAAUAUCUAAAAUUGUCGUACAGAUCAAUGGAACAUUUAUAAAUCUACGUGGACCGAAUUUCCACACGAGUCUUAAAGAUUACGUCGAUAAACAAAUUACCAUCCAAAUUGCAUCCAUUGAUCCUGCAUCCCAGGUCAUAGGAAUCGUCAGAUGGAUGAAACAAGUUCCAAUCAACAUAAUGAUUCAUCAAAUUUCGAUGAAAGAGCCUCUAAAGAAACAGCCAUUACAAGGAAACCAGAUACCUUCUGGUGUAUGCCCUCUAACAAGAAAGAUCAUCAUCAGACCAGGAAGAGGAGUAAAUUGUCAACACGGAGAGUGCUUCGACAUAUCUGGUUUCAUCUGCAACGCUAUGAAAAACAAUUCCUGGCAAUGCCCAAUUUGUAGGAAGCUCCUUCCUAUCGAAGAUCUCAGAAUCGACCCUUAUUACUUCGCAUACGCUAGCGGAGUAUUUUGA